AUGACUAAAGCUAUAAUGGAGGCACGGGAAUGGCAACAAGCCCAACUCAUAAUCAAACAAUCGCAACCUCAGAUCAAGCCAACCACUACAUCAGCGACUAAUCCAAACACCAUUACCUGUUUUACAGACGGCUCGUGGUGUAAGGAGACAAAGGCCGGAGGAGCCGGUUGGAUCUUCGUAGAUCCCGAAGGAAAGGAACUGAGCUGCGGACAGACAGCGGAACGAUCCGUCACAUCCCCGAUUAUGGCGGAAGCCCUCGCGAUCCGUUCAGCGCUCAACCAAGCGCUCGACAAUGGCAUCACCAAUCUUAUGAUCAACUCAGACGCUCAGGAAUUACUCCGAGCCAUCAACUCGCAUGAGACUAUCAAGGAGAUCUACGGUCUUCUAUUCGAUAUCCACACUCUUGCAUCAAUGUUCCUCUCAAUUUCUUUUCAGUUUGUUCCUAGAUCUAAAAACUCCCAGGCUGAUUCCAUUGCGAAGUUUGCCAAAGAGACUUUAGUCGCUUCAAUGCCCAAGCGGGCCCCACCUUGUAGUCAUUGA